AUGGCGUCAGCAUUACGGAAGCAGUCUCUACUAGCACAAGCUCUCGGACGGGGAUUAGUUGAGCUGGUGGGCAUCAACGAAGUCAAAUUCUUACUCUUCGAUCGACCUGCGGAAGGACGCCGGGUCAGUCUAGGUGUCAAGGGCUUGAGUGCUUGCUCCGUGGUUAUUCUCGCGUCUGAUCAUGGAGCGAUCAUGGCCCACAUAGGUCCCAAUGAGCUCGGCUCGCGCGACCCGCGAUCCUAUCUACGUCUAGCAAAUGAGAAAAUGGACGAGCUUGAGAGCAUCUUCCGCGAGAACCAGCGAUACUUUGGUGCUGGCAGCCAUGCAUAUCUCAUCUUCGCCACUUUCCAGGACAAACCUGUAUCGCCAGAGCAGGGUGAUAUUUUUAGGGCUCGUAUCCAGUCUUUGGACGUGCCUCUUAUUAGCGACCGCCCGUACGAGCGGUCGACAUCUGCGCUCAUCGAUGAUGAUAGACCCGAGGGCACCGUAUGGAUAGUGAAAAGGCAAGACACUCGCCCAACCGUCUACCUUGAGGAUAGAUUGGUCUCACCGUCGGUAAAGCCUACGGCUGGUCAGUCACAGACAGACCGAUCCAUCACGAAGCGGCUCAUCACGAAGCAAUGCAUCACAAACCAGCGCAUCACAAACCAGUACAUCUCAAAGUACGCGGCAAAAUGGGGAAUCAAAAUGGAUGCGUCGACAGGGGCUAGCAGGCUAUAUGCUAGUCAGUAA